UUGCGCAUGCGCUGCCGAGACGUUCUCCUGCGCAUGUGCGGACGCUUGCAGCCUGUUUGCAGACCCUGACAACCAGCGGUGGAGAGAUCGGGAGGUUCAUUGUUGGAGAAUGGUGGGUUAUGACCCUCGUUCAGACGGAAGACUUCUAUCAACAUCAGAAGUAGCCGCUGCGGGGUCUCUCUCUGGACUUGUCACAAGGGCACUGAUAAGCCCCCUGGAUGUCGUUAAAAUCCGCUUUCAGCUGCAAAUCGAAAGCUUCUCUGGGGAUGGCGUCCGGGGGAAAUACAGAGGAAUCCUCCAGGCAGCCGGGGUUAUUCUUCGAGAGGAAGGGCUCAAGGGAUUCUGGAAAGGACACAUCCCGGCUCAACUCCUUUCUGUCUCCUAUGGAGCCGUGCAGUUUGUAAGCUUCGAAAUGUUUACCGAAUUUUGUCACACCUCCAUGUCUUUGGAUCCCCGUUCCCCGUCAGUACAUUUUCUCUGUGGGGGGCUAUCUGCCUGCUCAGCCACUCUGACUGUGCAGCCCCUGGACACGCUGAGGACACGCUUCGCCGCUCAGGGGGAGCCCAAGGUGUACCAGAACCUACGUCAGGCCAUCGCCAUCAUGUACAAGACAGAGGGACUAUUCACAUUUUACCGUGGCCUCUUCCCUACCCUCAUUGCUGUGUUUCCAUAUGCCGGCCUCCAGUUUUCUUUCUACAAUCUGCUGAAGAGGACUUGGCAGCUGGUGGCACCGUCGGACCAGACAAAUAAACGGGGAAUAGAUAACUUUGGGAAUCUGCUGUGUGGCAGUGGCGCUGGUGUGAUCAGUAAGUCAGUAACUUAUCCUCUUGAUCUCAUCAAGAAGAGGCUUCAAGUCGGCGGCUUUGAGCAGGCGAGGCAAGCCUUUGGAGAGGUCCGAACGUACCGCGGACUUACAGACUGUUUGCGUCGGAUAAGACGGGAGGAAGGUCUACGAGGUUUAUUUAAAGGUCUAUCUCCCAGUUUACUGAAAGCUGCCGUUUCCACUGGACUCACUUUCUUCUCCUAUGAGAUGUUCUGCAGUCUGUUUCUAAACAUGAAGAGAGUCACAGAAAAUCACACCGAACAACACAAAGAAAUUCACAUCAAGGGAUCUUCAACAACUCCGAAAUAGCACCGACGGGGACAGAAAAUUGUACUGGAUACUACAACUCUGCCAGUCAACCAUUUCA